GACAAGAUGGCGGCUUCCAGGACGGGAAGCGUUGCAUUUUGUCUGAUCCUACAGUUCAUCUUGAUCACGGUUCAUGGGAAGUCUCCGAAUAUUGUGUUUGUCCUGACAGAUGAUCAAGAUGUUGCAAUUGGUGGACAGACACCUAUGGUGAAAACAAAGAAAUUGGUCGGGGACCAAGGAAUUAUAUUCAACAACAUGUUUGUGACAAGUCCGCUGUGCUGCCCAAGUCGUUCCAGCAUCUUCACAGGAAAGUUUGUCCACAAUCAUGGCGUCCAAAACAACAGCAUCACAGGCGGCUGCAGCAGCACAACAUGGCAAACGAAGCAGGAGACAACAGCGUUUCCCACCCACCUCAAGCAGCAAGGAUACACCAGUUUCUUUGCAGGAAAAUAUCUAAAUGAUUACGGACUAAAGGGAGCAGGUGGAGUGCAACAUGUGCCCCCAGGAUGGGACUGGUGGAAUGGUCUGGUGGGCAACUCAGUGUACUACAACUACACACUGUCGAUAAACGGAACUGCCCAGGAGCACGGACAGAGCUACAAGACUGACUAUCUCACUGACCUCAUUCACAGACAAGCAAUGGCAUUCCUCCAGGAGCAAAACAAGGACUCUACGCCGUUCUUCAUGAUGUUGUCUACCCCUGCCUGCCACGCCCCCUUCACCCCAGCCCCACAGUACAGUCAGAACUUCUCUGAUCACACCGGCCCCAGGAAUGGCAGUUUCAACAAACAUGGGAAUAACAAGCACUGGUUGAUUGAGCAGGCCCAAACACCCAUGCCAAAUGACACAAUUGCCAACAUCGACAACGUAUUCCGAAACAGGUGGAGGACGUUGUUGUCAGUUGAGGACAUGGUGGAGGACGUGGUCUCCACGCUGGACAAGAAAGGGCUGUUGGACAAUACCUAUGUCUUUUUUUCUUCAGACAAUGGCUUCCAUCUUGGGCAGUUUUCCAUGCCGGGUGACAAACGGCAGUUAUAUGACUUUGACAUCCGUGUUCCGCUGAUGGUGCGAGGUCCAGGGAUCAAGGGAGGCCAAGUGAGAGACGAAGUGGUUCUCAACAUAGACUUGGCCCCAACAUUCAUCGAACUGACUGGCAGCCAAGUUCCCGAUGAUGUCGAUGGCUUGUCCCUUGUUCCAAUUUUGGAAAAACCUGCGAACAAGUCUGACCCAACCUUCAGGACAAAGUUCCUAGUGGAACAUUAUGGGGAAUCACAACCCGAAAUCCCAUUCUGUCCCCAGUACAAAGAUCAAGGCCUCUCAAUAUGCAGCCACCACUGUGUGUGUGAGGACUCCACCAACAACACGUAUGCCUGUGUGGUGGAGAUGUUACGGACCACGCACUACAAGUACUGUGUGAUGCAAGACACAGUGAACUUUGUGGAAGUUUAUGACCUCGUGAAGGAUCCUUUAGAGAUGACCAACAUCGUAAAGUCAGCUGCACCAAGUCUCAUCUCACAGUUCAGUGCCGAUCUUGCCACCAUGUCUCAAUGCAAGGGAAAAGACUGUCGCAAGUUGCAGAAGACUUGACUUCCCAUCACCUCCAUCUUGUUAUCAUCCGCCAGUCUUGGUUCCCAACUGAAGCUUAACAUAUCAAAUAUUUAUACAAUAUCAGCAUUAUCAGCUUGAGCUGAACCUGUAAUUCAAUAUGGUCAAAGGAAGCCGUACUGGAUUUUCUAUAAAAAUGUUUAACGUUUUUGAAUCAGGACUGAAGCCCAAACUGUUAUGUUUCACCUUUUUACUGUAAAAUUUUUCUGAUUUUAAAACAAAUGUGUAGGAUUGUGUCACUUAAACUCACAAUGGGUUUAAUUCCUUAAUCUUCUUCAGACAGUACCAUACUUGCUCUUUGAUUUCAUGUUGCAAAUAAUGACCUGUGUUUUCAGUCUCUUUUUCCACCACUAGCUUAUAGGUGAGCGGGAGUGAGUCUAGUUUAUGCCGCUUUUAGCAAUAUUCCAGCAAUAUCACAGCGGUGGACACCAGAAAUGGGCACAUUGUACCCAUGUGGCAAUCAAACCUGUGUCUUUGCAUGACGCAUGAAAGUUCUAACCACUAGGCUACCCCACUUAUAGGUGUCAUAUUGACGAAAUGAACCGAUAGUUAAGAAUAGGAAGUAGUUUUUGACUACUUUAUGGUCAAGCCUGUUUGACAGAUCAAUACUUGGUGAUCCACAAUCUCUAAACAUUCCAAUGUUUGUCACGUAGAGAUGUAAAGACAUGAAGAAUGUUCUUUGGUGCCACCUUUCAAUGUUGUUUUUGGUCCUGUAGUCAUCAGAGGUAAGUUUGUCCCAGGAACCUCCGAUCCAAAAGUUGUCCAAGAUGCAGUCAUAAUGGUUCCCACUCUGAAGUAAAAACAAAAGCGUGCUGCAUCAAACUAUUUUCCUGUAGACCCGUUAAGACCCAUAGACCCGUGUUAGAAUUGGUCUUCAGCAACCCAUGCUUGUCAUAAGAGGCGACUAAUGGGAUUGGGUGGUCAGGCUCGCUGACUUGGUUGCCACAUAUCAAUGUAUCCAAAUUGCGUCGAUUGAUGCUCAAGUUGUUGAUCACUGGAUUGUCUGGUCCAGAUUCGAUUAUGAAAGUAAUAAUUGCUUUAUUCUCCUUGGAAAACCAAACAACUUCUUAAAAGUCUGGUGAACAACUUAGUAUUUUGAGGUGGAUUGCUAACUUAUUUAAAGAGAAAUAUGUGGUGUUAUGUGUUAAAAUAAUUUUAAAACGUUUAUAUUAUACAAUAUAUUUGGUAUAAAAAUUGGAAAAACUUUAUGACAGAACAUAUGGAUUGUAGAAGGAAAAAUAUCACAAGAUACAAAGUAGUACGUAGGGCCUCCAAUCAUCUCCCAUUUUCUGUUAUUUUCAUAUAGAUAAGUACCUUUAUUCUCAAAUCAAAGGCUAUCUUAUUGAUCAUUUAUAUCAAAGUGGCUGUACUCACCGUAUGUGACGUCACAGGAAACAACUGAUCGCAUUGGCACAUGUCAAAUGGCAACCGGACAGGAUUAUAACUUCUCUUUUUGUGGAUUUAUUGUGUGUAAAUAGGUAGGUAUGAAACUUAAUAAAUUUAAUAUUUAAUUAAUAUAAAAUUAAACUCAAUACUUUAAUAUGUAUUUUAUUGAUCAUUUAUAACAAAGUGGCUGUAAUUGUCGUAAACUUCCAGUGCUGUUCCAGGCAGGUGUACCACUAACCUGUAAGAUCGUUCUGACAGGGCACUGACAAACUGAAAAAUACUUUCAAGAAAUUAUAUCUCAUAGAUAAGCCGACCCCCUUCUACAGACUGCUUUUGUUUGUCCUCAAAAUUUGGCUUAUCAAUGGUAAUAUACAGUACUCUCCACACACCCACCUCCCAAUUCAUCCCAUGUUAUUCAUUUUCUUAAAGAUGUGUACCCCAUGUGGUAUUCCUGUUGAAGCUUGUUCCUGUGCUUGUGUUAAGAACAACUUAAAGGAUCUAGGUUGAUUCCAUGUCACCAAACUCUAAUUUGCUUGGAAAACUGUUCAUAUUAUCAGUCACUGGUUUGUCAAGUCCAUGGUUAUCGCAUGCCUUCUCUAUACAGCUUUAUUGUGCUUUGUGUCAUUUUGUGUAAACGUAUGUGAUAACAAUCAAACAGAAUUAUGUGAUAACAAUCAAUACAAAUGUAGUUGAGAACAUUCAAUAUAAAUGUAUGUGAUAACAGUCAAUACAAAUGUUGGUGAAAACGUCCAUACAAAUGUAUGUGAUAACAGUCAAUACAAAUAUAGUUGAAAAAAGCCAUACAAAUGUAUGUGAUAACAGUCAAUACAAAUGAAGGUGAAAAAAGCCAUACAAAUGUAUGUGAUAACAGUCAAUACAAAUGUAGGUGAAAAAAGCCAUACAAAUGUAUGUGAUAACAGUCAAUACAAAUGUUGGUGAAAACGUCCAUACAAAUGUAUGUGAUAACAGUCAAUACAAAUAUAGGUGAAAAAAGCCAUACAAAUGUAUGUGAUAACAGUCAAUACAAAUGUUGGUGAAAAAAGCCAUACAAAUGUAUGUGAUCACAGUCAAUACAAAUGAAGGUGGAAAAAGCCAUACAAAUGUGUGUGAUCACAGUCAAUACAAAUAUAGGUGGAAAAAGCCAUACAAAUGUAUGUGAUAACAGUCAAUACAAAUAUAGGUGAAAAAAGCCAUACAAAUAUAUGUGAUAACAGUCAAUACAAAUAUAGGUGAAAAAAGCCAUGCAAAUGUAUGUGAUAACAGUCAAUACAAAUGUAGGUGAAAAAAGCCAUACAAAUGUAUGUGAUAACAGUCAAUACAAAUAUAGGUGAAAAAAGCCAUACAAAUGUAUGUGAUCACAGUCAAUACAAAUAUAGGUGAAAACGUCCAUACAAAUAUAUGUGAUAACAGUCAAUACAAAUGUAGGUGAAAAAAGCCAUACAAAUGUUAUGAUAACAGUCAAUACAAAUGUUGGUGAAAAAAGCCAUACAAAUGUAUAUGAUAACAGUCAAUACAAAUAUAGGUGAAAAAAGCCAUACAAAUGUAUGUGAUGACAGUCAAUACAAAUGUUGGUAAAAACGUCCAUACAAAUGUAAGUGAUAACAGUCACUACAGACAUGUCUUUUCAAUAAAAAAAAGACACUUGCCACGAAUUUAUUAUCCUGGUUGUUUAUUACUUAUAAUAUAUGAUUCAGUUAAUUUAAAAAAAAUGAAUGAAAUUUUUCAAUUGAAAUUUUUACUGUGUUUUUAUUGAUAUGUUAUUAUUGUUGUUUAUUUUCUGAGAAAGUCACAACAAACUGUUAUUAUGUUUUACUUGCAAAUUCAUAUUUACUGGAAGUGUAUAAAUAUUCUUGUAUUUAUUUCCUAUUCAUUGAGAAUAUCAGUCUCAUGCUCAAAACUUUAAAUAUGUUAUUUGAUGACGUUCCAUAUCCCAAAGAAAAAGCUUAAUCACUGAUUUUUUUAUUGACACCUGGUGUCUUUAGCAACGGUGAAGGACCUGAAUGUCCAAGUCAAGGUCAAUUGUAUCAUAUCAAUCUGGCACCUCUGUCUUAUAUAGAUUUUAACAACAGUGUGAUUGACCAAUCAGAUGCCUGUAAAAUUUAUGUAGAAUAGUAUAUUGAAUAGUACUGUAGGAAUCGCAUCAUAGAAGUGCACAUCAAACUAACUUCUAGAUGUCAUUUAAAGAAGAUAACAUAAAGUGUCAUAGCUUUUGAUCUUUGCAUAUUAAUUAAUUUUUUUAUUUUGAUUAAGUUUCGGAGUACAUAUUUUCUCCUUCAUCAGGUGAA